GGGUCUGAGGAGUGUCUGGAGUGGAGGAUAAGGUAUAAAGUGGCUCUUGGAAUAGCAGAUGGUUUGAGUUAUCUUCACAAUGAAUGCCCGAGACGGAUUAUUCACCGUGACAUCAAAGCCUCUAAUAUAUUGCUCAACCAAGAUUUUGCAGCUCAGAUUUCGGAUUUCGGACUUGCAAAGUGGCUACCAGAAAACUGGCCUCAUCACAUUGUAUUCCCAAUCGAAGGCACAUUUGGGUAUCUGGCUCCUGAAUACUUCAUGCACGGAAUUGUUGAUGAGAAGACCGAUGUGUUUGCCUUCGGGGUGUUGCUUCUGGAGAUCAUAACUGGUCGCCGUGCUGUUGAUACAGCGAGCCGGCAAAGCCUCGUGAUGUGGGCCAAACCUCUUUUAGAGAAGAACAGUGUGGCUGAAAUAGUGGAUCCUCGGCUAGGAGAUAACUUCGACUCGGGUGAGAUGAAACUGGUGAUGCAAACGGCGUCGAUAUGCAUACACCUUAUAGCCAAGAUGCGCCCAGACAUGACCCGGGUGGUGCAGCUCUUGAGAGGAGAAGAUGGGACAGAGGAAAUGGAGAAACCGGGCGGA